CGUCUUCUCGAACCCGUUGGACAGCACUUCCUUGCCCACGCCCGUAGAAAGAGAAACAACCGUACUUUCUCUGAGGACGAAAUUCACCAGGCCGAAGAAAAGGCUAGCCAAGUUGUUGAAGAGGAGAAGGUCGACUUUGUCUAUGAGGAUGUUGAUUCCACUACUGUUAACAAUGACCCUACCCAAUGGAAGACCCAGGAUAACUAUGCAGUUUUGGGUUUGACCAAGCUCAGAUAUAAGGCUACUGAAGACCAGAUCAAGAAGGCUCAUCGCCGCAUGGUCCUCCUUCACCAUCCUGAUAAGAAGGCCGACAAGAACGACGAUUCUUUCUUCAAGUGUAUUGCUAAGGCCUUUGAUACUUUGAUGAACCCCGUCAGCCGUCGCCAGUACGAUUCUGUCGAUUUCGGCAUGGCCCACUUUGAUGAUGCUAUCCCUGCCAGCAAGUCUGGACCCAACUUCUACAAGCAGUGGGCAGCUGUAUUUGCUCGCGAAGCUCGUUUCUCCAACAAGCAGCCAGUUCCUUCUUUCGGUAAUGAGGAAUCAACCAAGGAGGAGGUCGAAGGCUUCUACGACUUCUGGUAUAACUUUGACUCAUGGAGAUCUUUCGAGUGGCUUGACAAGGAAGGUGCUGAAGGUGCCGAUAAUCGUGAUGACAAGCGUUACCAGGAGAAGAAGAACCGUGCCCAGCGCGCUCAGCUUAAGAAGGAGGACAAUGCCCGCCUCCGCAAACUUGUUGAUACUUGCUUGAACAUUGAUCCUCGUAUUGCCCUUUUCAAGGCUGAGGAGAAGAAGCGUAGAAAUGCCAAGAAGGAUGCUAAGGCUGCUGCUGAUAAGGCUGCUGCUGAAGAAGCCGCCCGUAAGGCUGAAGAGGAUAAGCUUGCCAAGGAAAAGGCCGAGGCAGAUGCUAAGGAUGCUGCUGCCAAUGCCAAGAAAGAUAAGGAGUCUAUCAAGCGUGCCAUCAAGAAAGAGAAGAAGACUCUCAAGGCUUUGAUUAAGGAUAACAACUACGGUAUGCCAGCUGCUAGCCCCGCAACUCCCUCCGAUAUCGACAGACAGCUCCUUGCUCUUGAUGAUCUUAUUGUUAAGAACAAAGCUCUCCCCGAGCUGGAGGCUCUCCGUAAGAGAUUUGAACAGGCACACAAGGACGGCAAGUUGGCAGAGGUUUACGCUGCAGAAAUUGCCAAAUAA